AUGUUCAAAUUAUUUUUUAUUAUUUAUUUGACUUUAUUUCUUUUUCAUUCAACAUUAUCCUCGUCAUCGAAUACAUUAGUUUUCUCAGCUGGACCUAAUUCAUAUGUUGCAUUCGACUCUUGGCGUCCAUGCCUUAACGGUUAUGUACGUUUUGAUAUACGAACAACUGCACCUGAUGGUACACUCGCGUACAUCGACGAUCGAGGAAAAUUUGAUUUUUUCUAUUUGAAACUAAUUGAAGGCAAACUACGUUUAUUGUUUAAUCUCGGCAAUGAUCGGCAAGCCUUAAAUGUCAAUAUGAAAGUCAACGAUGAUCAAUGGCAUACAAUUUUAAUCAAACGUGAUGGUCAGACAACCAUUCUCAAUGUUGACAAUGGUCUAGCGAGUAAUUCGACAGUUACUCAUUCGGACGAUCUCUACUUCGGUGGAUCGACACACAACGAAUAUCAGGCAUCGUCAUUCUUUUUCGGAGGCAUACCGGCUGCUCUAGAACGGCCGAGCAGUGGAAAUCUAUCAUCAUUUGAUGUUUACAUGCAACCGCGUUUUCGUGGUCGAUUACGUAAUAUUCUCUAUAAAAAUUGUACGAAUUCUCAUCUUGUUCAGCCUGUUCACUUACAAAUCUCAGGCGGAGUGUCCAUAAUACCCAACCAACAUUGUUCAACUCGUUCAUGUGGUGUUGGCCUUUGUUUAAUCACCGAUACCAAUCACAAAUGUUUAUGUGAUGAAACGGAUUUCUAUGGCGAACGUUGCGAACUAGAGCGUCGACCAAAUGAACUGACAUUCAAUGGUAAAAUCUCUUUGCAAUAUCAUCUCGAACAUCCGAUCGUAAGUUCCAAUGAAGUUAUUCAAUUUCACUUCAAAACCAAUCAUUACAAUGCAUUGUUAUUCGAAAUUGUCAAACAACAAAUCUAUAUUAAAGUGAAGCAAGGACAAAUCGUGAUUGAAUAUCGUUUUAACAACCAAUGGUAUGAAUCAUCGACGAAAGAUCUUUAUCUCAUUGAUAAUCAAUGGCAUUACGUUCAAAUCAAACGAAAAUAUGGACAAGUGACCAUGAUGGUCGAUGAGUAUCAUUUGCAAUUAGAAAGUGAUCUCAAAGUCGAUCAAUUGUUUAAUUUUACAACAAUUCUUCUCGGUGGAAACAACGAUGAAACAUCGGAGAAAUUCUACGGCUGUCUGAAAGACAUACGACUGAUUUUCAAUAAUGAUCACACACUUGACUUGAGUAAACACUUUCUGGACAAACACUCCCAUGAAAACCAAUUACGUUGUUCAUCACUGUUAAAUCCAAUUGAAUUCCUUGUUUCACCAUCGUUUAUUUCGGUAGAAUUAUCCGAUCAUAUUCAGCAGAUGUUGACUUAUCAACUGAAUAUUUCCUUUCAUUUCCAAACAUACUCAUCCGAUGCCGUUUUGCUCUAUGGAAUCAACAAAUUCAACGAAGAUUUCCUUGGCUUAGAUCUAAUCGACGGAUUUUUUUAUCUGACGAUCAAUUUCAAUCAAAAAACAGAACGACAUGAAUUAUUUCAACAGCGUCUCAACGAUGGACAAACACACGGAAUAUUUCUACAUAUUCAAGGUUAUCAAGGUGGUUUGGAAUUUAAUAUAACCGUCGACCAUCGACAGAAUAAUCGUGUUGUUAUUCGAAAUUCUCCAUCAAAAAUUCAUUUACACACAUUAACCAUCGGUGGUAUUAAUCCUUCUCUGCAAUGGCUACCGAACAAUUAUUGGGCAGGUAUCAUGCAUCGUGGACUCAUUGGCUGUUUCUCCGAUCUGGAAUUGAAUAGUGAAGCAAUUAAUUUAACGAAAUACAUCAAUUAUACAAAUACGAACUUAACACCGAAAAGUGGACCAUGUUCAACAUUCUUGUCGACGAAACGGGAAUGUUUAUGUGAACACGAUGGAGAAUGUCGAUUGAACAACGGUGGAGCAUGGUCAUGCGAUUGUUCCAAAACGGGUUAUACUGGUCGAAGAUGUGAACAAGCUACUUAUUAUAUUGAUCUCACGCCUAUUCAAAUCUUUGAGUUCAACACAAAUUUGCAAUGGAGUGAACAAAUCAAUGAUAUCGCAUUUGGCUUACAAGCAACACAUGAUCAGAGAAAUUUCCUUCAAUUUCGUCCUUGUCGGCAAUCAAUGGACUGUGAUUCACUUGACUUCUCUAUUCGCAAUGGUCUAUUACAUAUAACAUUUGCUUUUACAAAUCUAACGGUCAACAUCACAGGUGAAUAUCCGUUCUUACUCGAUAAUCAAUGGCACUAUAUUCACUUACAUCGAAUCGACACAAAAUUAUUGUUACAUAUCGAUCAUCACAUUGCCCAACAGCGAUUGAAUCUGUUGGAAACGAAUCUUUCAUCUUCAACCAUUUGGGUCGUUUUCAAUGGAAAUCAAGACAUUCGAAUCGAAGAUUUACGUAUCUACGAUCAAUCGAUCAAUGCACGACAUUUCCUGAAUAAUCAAUACGAACAAAUCCAAUUGAAACAGCGACCAUGGAAACCUCUAAACUCGAUCUCAUUCUAUGAGCAACAAGAUUCUUAUAUCGCAGUACAAUUAAACGAUAUCGUCUGUCAAGAGUGCGAAUUAGAUACGAUAUAUUUCGAUUUUCGCACGACAGAAUUGACUGGUCUGAUUCUCUUUGCAAAUAUCCAAACAGUCAAUCCCAAAACUAGUUAUAACUUGGAUAAUACCAUCGAUAAAGAUAGUCAAUACUUAGUUAUGAAACUAGUCGAUGGUCAAUUACAUCUAAUCGUACUUGUUGCUUCAUUGAACGAAGAUGAGGAUGAAAUACAUCAAAUUCAAACUCAAACACGAUUAAAUGAUGGCCAUUGGCAUCAUAUAUCCCUCUACCGUGCUAGUGAUCAUCAUUUAGAGUUAAUUAUCGAUUCACGAGUUUAUUAUCUCUUGACAUCAAUCUACUUCAUGGAUACAAUCUAUUUCGGCCGUCCAACGUUUCUCUCGUCCGAUAGUUUACCAUUUAAUCAUAUCAAUACAUUGAAAUUAUGUUUAGCAUCAUUGACAAUCAAUGAUCGAACGAUAAACCUACGCGAAUAUAUCAAAAGUAACUCACAGAUUCGGAAUGACUGCUUUCUCGAUUCUCAGUGUCCAUUGCGACAUUGUAUGAACACGGGUCGUUGUCAAGAACGAAUUCAGUGUGAUUGUAGACAUACAAGUUUUCAAGGAGAAUUUUGUACAGAAUUACGUACGGGAUAUUUUUUUAAUCAAUACACAUCGGGUUUGAUAUUCGAUCAACCAUAUCGAUCGGAUAAGAAGUUUCUGAAUUACAAAAUCUCGUUCGGGAUUGUUUCUAAAAUGGUGACAGGGGAGAUAAUACGUGUCAGUGAUCAACUACAAAUAGAAUUAUAUCGUGGAUAUAUACGAAUAAAGUUUGCUGGAAAUAUUAACAAUGAUAACGAAUUUAUUCAAAAUGAUCUUGUUAUUAAUGAUGGUCAUUAUCAUUUGGUACAAAUUGAAUAUAAUACUACAGGUUAUUUACAACUGAGUGUUGAUAAUAGGAAAACUUUCAAAGAAUUAACUUAUCGAUUAUCGUUUGAGAAGCCAUUACUAUUACUCAUCGGACAAAAUCCUGCAUUCAGAUAUGGAUUUCAGGGUCAACUCUACGGACUCGAAUCCGAUAUCUAUUCAGUAUUCGAUUUGAUCUCUUCAACAUUCCAACGAAUAUCAUAUUCACCAAAUCAAGAUAAAAUAUUGUCUCCGACGACUUCAUUGAUUAUUCAUUCAUCAUUUCAUCCUGAAACUGAUUCGGUCCCUCCACUUUGUUCAUCUCAGUCAUAUGAUGAUAUAUGCAUAGUUCCAUCUGAUACGAGUUCAAGUCCAUUGUUGUAUCCUAAUAUAACUCUUUUGACUUCUCUACCAAUGAAUAAGUCCAUGUCAGUACGAUUAUCUAGUCGCUAUUCAUCAAAAUUUUCGACAUUAUCUACUACUCUAUCGACGUUUUAUUCACAUACGAACCUUUCAACAUCAAUACCAUCGAACUAUACAUCGAAUUCAACUUUAUAUCCAGAUAACCCACCAUUGAUUGUCUCGAUUCGAACUCCAUUUACAAGACGAUUUCGUAAACUAUUUCAUUGGCAGAAUCUAUGGGUCAUUUUAGUACCUGUCCUUUGUGGCAUCGUCCUUUGUAUCAUGUUUGCUGUAUUUGGUUUUAUAAAAUAUCGACGAAAAGAUGUCGGCGUUUACGAAGUUGAAGAAGCUCAACGUUUUCGCCCACUGAUUGUUGAAUUGUCUCCAUCGCCCGGUGAACAUACUCAAGACAAUCUUCAUUCAGCAGUCAUCCGAACUUCUCUAUCAACAUCAUCAACGGCACAUUCAUCAAAAAAAGACGUUGGCCAUUCACAGAAAAAACGUCGACGAAAGAAAUCGUCUUUGACUUCAGCGAACGAACAGCGCGAAUUUUAUAUCUGA